AUGUUUUCUUCCUCGCUCACCGUUGCCGUUGCCGCAUUCUGCGCGCUUUCUCCGGCGGCUCAGGCCUUGCUCGCAGAGGGACUGACGACGGCUCAAGUCAACAGUGUCCGUCAGCAGCUCAUGGACAGAGCUCACGUCAGUUGGGAAUAUGGCACUGCAACGACUGCCGUUCUCGAAAUGGACUAUCCAGACAUUUCCGUCUAUGGCUGGGCACCAUUCCCAAUCCCCCGCCCGCUCGACCAAGACUCGUAUAUCAUGAGGAACGCCGCCAAGCUCAUGGACGAGCGCCCUAAAGAUUCAAAGACGAUUAUGGAGGACGGUGCGGCUGGAGACCCGAUGAGCAACGCCAUCACCAUGCUCUUGGCCAACUAUUCGAAUCCCGCCGACACACGCUUCCAGUCUGCAUUUUACUCGCAGCUUGGCUUCAUCGAGUACGAUGUUCCUCAGACGGGAGACGGAGCCAUCUCUCACCGAGUGUCCGAGGUCCAACUCUGGGCUGAUUCAUGCUUCAUGGUCCCUCCAAGCUUUGCCUACUGGGGUGCGAUCCAGACCGACCUCGAGGUUCAACGCAAGUACCUCGUCAAAGCCUAUGAACAGCUCCGCCUCUACCGUGAUCAUCUCCGGGACCCCAAUUCCAACGGUCUCUGGAUGCACGUCGUGAUGGGCACGUGGAGCGACGUUGGCCACUGGACGACCGGACACGGAUGGGCUGCCUCAGGAAUGAUCCGUGUCUACCAGACCAUUGCCAAAUCGGCUCUCCGCGAUGAAUUGAGCUGGGCACUCGCUGACUUGUCAGCGUGGGCACAGGAGAUUGUCGGAGCCGUUUGGGAUCACCAACGUGCUGAUGGAUCGCUCGGAAAUUACCUGCGCGACGACUCGUUUACGGAUAUGAGCGGAACCGCGUUCAUGGCUGCCGUGACCUAUCGUCUGGGUGUCAUCACCGACGUGUCGACGCUCAUUCCCCAUGCCGACAGGGCGUUUACGCUCGUCAAAAACUCGAUCGCUGCGGAUGGAAGACUUCAGAACGUUGUCAACCCGUACGACUUUACUACCCCGUACAGCGAUGUUAGUCCCGAAGGUCAGGGCUUCGUCCUCAUGUGCCAGGCUGCGUGGCGCGACUAUACGGCGUUUACCAAUGGUAUUCACCACUCUUUGUCCGAUGUGUUCUCCGCGUUUGCCAAGGCUAUCGCCGCCGCAAAGUCCAAUGAGGAUUCGACCCCAACCAAACGGAGGAGGCAUGUACCUGUCCAGAUGCAUUAA